AUGUUGUACCUCGUUGGCCUUGGUCUGGCUGAUGAGGCGGACAUCACGGUCAAAGGGCUGGAGGUGGUGAAGCGCGCCGAGCGAGUCUACCUCGAAGCAUACACGAGCAUCCUGCAUGUGGGAAAGGAGAGGUUGGAGUCAUUCUACGGACGUCCCGUCAUUGUCGCGGACAGAGAAAUGGUUGAGUCGUCGAGCGACGAAAUCCUCGCCGGCGCCGACAAGUCGGAUAUAGCAUUUCUUGUCGUCGGGGACCCUUUUGGUGCCACCACGCAUACGGACCUUGUCCUGCGUGCCCGUGAACUCUCGAUUCCGACCAAAUCCAUCCCCAAUGCUUCCAUCCUCAACGCGAUAGGCGCAACAGGUCUCCAACUCUACAACUUCGGCCAGACUGUUUCGAUGGUUUUCUUCACCGAGACUUGGAAACCGGCUAGUUUCUACGACCGUAUCAGGGAGAACGCCUCUAUUGGGCUCCACACUCUCGUCCUCCUGGACAUCAAGGUGAAAGAACAGUCGCUUGAGAAUAUGGCCCGGGGACGGAAGAUCUACGAGCCUCCACGGUACAUGACCGUGGCGCAGUGUGCUCAACAAAUGCUUGAGAUUGAGGAAGAGAAGAAAGAGCAAGUCUACAGUGAGGACAGUCUCGCUAUCGGGUGUGCCCGAGUCGGAGCGGAUGAUCAACGAUUCGCCUGCGGGACACUUAGGGAACUCUGCGACGCUGAUCUUGGCCCGCCUCUGCAUAGUUUGGUGUUGCUCGGCAAACGGGCUCAUGAGCUGGAGCGUGACUACAUCAGAUUAUUCGCCGUGAACGAGCAGACUUUUGAUCAGAGUUGGAAGAAGUAUCACGAUAGAAGCUGA